CGGAAGUCCCUUUUUACUUUCGUUUUUAGUUAAGCAGCCGUGACAUCCAGCUGUUCUUGUAAAACUGAUCAGAAUGGCGCAGGCCGUACAAAAACUGGUCACCAAAGUGCCCGGGCUGGUCAGUGGUACAGUGGCAUAUGCUAAACCUCGGCUGGCAACUUUCUGGCACUACGCCCGAGUGGAGCUGGUACCUCCGUCUCCGUCUGAGAUUCCCAAAGCCAUAGAGGCAGCAAAAGGCUUAAUCAAGAGCUACAAGGCUGGACGUGUGGGGCAAACUACAGUCAGAGAUGCUUUGAGAAAUGGACUUGUCACUACCGAAGUGUUGAUGUGGUUCUACAUUGGAGAGUGCAUCGGCAAAGGAGGGCUUGUCGGAUAUGAUGUCUGAAUCACAUGAAUGAUCAUUUGUACACAUACAGUAUAUGUACAGCAAACUGUGCAAAUAAAUUUUAUAGAGAAUUUUAUCACAAA